AAUUUAUCAUACGUUACUUCUGGACCUUACACCUCCACAGUUGGAGAAGUUCGCGGCGAAGGCUGAGACCUUGGCGCGUGAUGAUGGGAAAUUGAAAGCGAUGUAG